AUGGUUCUAUCUCGGUCAUUACUUGCCGCGGCCUCCGCGCUGUUCCUCGCGUUCCCGACCGAGGCCGUCGAGGGAGCCUCAGAGCUGCAGAGUGUUCUGAAGAACACCCACGGGAGCCCAGAUUAUAAGUAUCCCACUGACUUCACUAGGGGAAUUCUACCUAUCCCGGUUCACUCCCACAACGAUUACUGGAGAGAUGUUCCGUUCUACACGGCUCUCUCGCUUGGUUGCAUCUCGGUUGAAGCAGAUGUGUGGCUGUAUAACGGCACUCUCCAUGUCGGCCACGACGAGUCAUCAUUGACUGACGAGCGCACGUUCGAGUCGCUCUACAUCAACCCAAUUCUCGACGUCCUCGAGCGUCAAAACCCCAAGAGCAAAUUCUUGACGGCCCCAACGAACAACGGUGUCUUCGAUGCCUCUACUGGCCAAACACUCUACCUCUGGGUUGACUCCAAGACAUCCGGCCCUGAAACCUUUGAGGCUGUCAUUGCCGCUCUAGAGCCUCUGCGCAAGAAGGGCUACUUGACGACCGUCAAGAACAACGAGACUCUCACCGAAGGUCCGGUCACUGUGAUUGGGACCGGCAAUACACCCUACGACAUGGUUGGACCUGUCGCAGACCGCGACUACUUCUACGACGGGCCCCUUGCUUCUCUUAACGAGACUGGGCACGGCAUCACGUCCCUCAUCUCACCGAUUGCAUCGACAAAUUUCGGCGCUGCAGUCGGUGAUCUAACUCUGGGCGUCGACAGUGUUCUGAGCGACGAGCAGCUUGACACUAUCCGAUCACAGGUCUCCGUCGCAAACGAUUUGGGCAUUAAGGCCAGAUAUUGGGGUGCUCCCUCGUGGCCGAUCAGAGCUCGCAACCUUCUCUGGACGACACUUAUCAACGAGGGUGUUGGACUGCUAAAUGCCGAUGAUUUGGCGGCUGCUGCUGGAUACUUCUAG